UUCCUCUUGCAGGACAUCGAGGCCUAUGUGACCAUUCUCUAAAAUAUUUAAGCUCGAGAAUCACGGAGCGGAAGCUGCAGGGCACGUGGCUGCCUGCUGGCCGAGGGAGUCUGGAGAAACCAUUCCUGGGACCUCACAGCUCCGUCGCGCCUGUGUUCGGCCCUCAGAGUGGCCUUCCCUCUGUCCAUGCUGAGAACAGCGCGCUGAAGCCCAGGGUUGUGACCGUGGUGAAGCUGGGCGGGCACCCCCUCCGGAAGAUCACCCUGCUCCUCAACAGACGCUCAGUGCAGACCUUCGAGCAGCUCUUGGCAGACGUCUCAGAGGCGCUGGGCUUUCCAAGAUGGAAGAGUGAUCGCGUGAGGAAACUGUUUAACCUUAAGGGCAGGGAGAUCAAGAGCGUCUCCGAUUUCUUCAGGGAAGGCGAUGCUUUCAUAGCCAUGGGCAAAGAACCGCUGACACUGAAGAACAUUCAGGUGGCUUUAGAGGAACUGUACCCCAAUAAAGCCCGGACCUUGACAUUGACCCAGCACAGCCGGGUCCCUUCUCCAAGGCUGAAAAGCAGGCUUUAUAGCAAGGCUCUGAAGGAGGGUCACUGCUGUGGGGAGACUGAGACCGCCAAGAACUGCAGUGAGGCUGCUGGGUCCAAGGCAGCCAUCAGACUCCAGGGGAAGACCCCCGUGGAGCCGGUGCUGGAGGACAGGGCAAGGGCCCAGAAGAAGUGGGUGAGGGGCAAACGGGAGCCUGAACCAGACAGCAAGCCGCCCAGGGAAGCCACUCUAGAGAGGCAUGCCAGUGGAGAGAAGCACCUGGGGGUGGAGGUCGAAAAGACCUCGGGUGAAAUUAUCAGAUGCGAGAAGUGCAAGAGAGAGAGGGAGCUCCAGCAGAGCCUGCAGAGGGAGAGGCUCUCCCUGGGCACCAGUGAGCUGGACAUGGGGAAGUGCCAAAGGUACGACGUGGAGAAGCUGGUGAGGACGAGAAGCUGCAGGAGGUCCCCCGAAGCAAACCCUCCAAGUGGGGAGGAAGGGUGGAAGGGUGACAGCCACAGGAGCAGUCCCGGGAACCCCACUCAGGAGCUGAGGAGACCCAGCAAAAACACGGACAAGAAAGAGGACAGAGAGUCUGAAGGUCAGGAGGGUCAUCCUCAAGCAGCAGCCAAGGCUAAGAAGGGUCUCAUGGAAGUUCAGCCCGUCAGAGAGGAGGGGCUGAGGGAUGUGAAGAAGGACACUAGGAACAUUUGCAGGACCAAGCAUGGUGGCUGGCUCCUGUGGGAGCGCCAGGCCAACCCCGAGAAGCUCCCCAGGACCCGAGGGGAAGAGCAGGAACCAGAGAAGGAAAAAAAGCCAUGUGUGUCAGAAGGGAGAAAGAUGGUUCCCAGAGAUGACCAACCUGCAAGGGUAGAAAAGGAGCCCAAGACGAGGCUGGAGGAAAAGAAGCAAGAGCGGCCCAGCGGCCGGAAGCGGCGGCCCCCGGGCAUCAUCACGGCCAACGUGGAGAAGCAUUAUGAGAUGGGCCGGGUCAUUGGGGACGGGAACUUUGCCGUGGUGAAGGAGUGCAGGCACCGCGAGACCAGGCAGACUUAUGCCAUGAAGAUCAUCGACAAGUCCAAACUCAAGGGUAAGGAGGACAUGGUUGACAGUGAGAUCUUAAUUAUCCAGAGCCUCUCUCAUCCCAACAUAGUGAAAUUGCAUGAAGUGUACGAAACGGAAACGGAAAUCUACCUGAUCAUGGAGUAUGUGCAGGGAGGGGACCUUUUUGAUGCCAUCAUAGAAAAUGUGAAGUUCCCAGAGCGUGACGCUGCCCUCAUGCUCAUGGACUUGUGUAAGGCGCUCGUCCACAUGCAUGACAAGAGCAUUGUCCACCGGGACCUCAAGCCAGAAAACCUGCUGGUUCAGCGAAAUGAGGACAAAUCUACCACCUUGAAACUGGCUGAUUUUGGCCUUGCAAAGCACGUGGUGAGACCUAUAUUUACUGUGUGUGGGACUCCAACUUAUGUAGCUCCUGAAAUUCUUUCUGAGAAAGGUUACGGGCUGGAGGUGGACAUGUGGGCCGCGGGUGUGAUCCUCUACAUCCUGCUGUGUGGCUUUCCCCCCUUCCGCAGCCCGGAGAGGGACCAGGACGAGCUCUUUAACAUCAUCCAGCUGGGCCACUUUGAGUUCCUGGCCCCUUACUGGGACAAUAUCUCUGACGCUGCCAAAGAUCUGGUGAGCCGAUUGUUGGUGGUAGACCCCAAAAAGCGCUACACAGCCCACCAGGUUCUUCAGCACCCCUGGAUUGAAACUGUUGGAAAGGCCAGCACGGCAAACCUACAGAAGGAGGUGGCCCCCAGCAGCGAGGGCCACUUCCAGAGCCAGCACAAGCGGGCUGCAGAGCAGCCUUCAUAGUCACCUCCUUGGGGACCUGUUCAGCCCCCCGUUCUGCUCAAGGACAGAGAAAAGGAGAGAAGUCUAGGAGAAAAACAAGGAAAAGGACUUCUUCACAUAAUUGGAAAAUCAGGGGAAGGAGAGGCGCUCAGUAUAUUUUAAAGCAUAUUGAAAAAAUAAACGAGUCUUAAUGUUAAAUGUUGUAACAUAUUUUUAGAUUUGUAUAUUUGAAGCCUUUAAUACAUUUUUCUGGAGGGGGGGAGGACUUGUUAUCAGUGAGGGAUUUUUAGUAAUAAUGAUGUGUUUUGUUUCUCCUUGUGACCAAGUUCAUGGUCUACGACAUGAGUGGUGCUUACCAGGGUCUAAACUCCCCCUGUGAGAUUAAUAAGGUGAAUCGUGGUCUUUCUGCAUUAAUAAAAUGUGCUCUGAAUGAC